UAGUCUUUAAUUAGUUACAUAUAUUUAGGCAGGGAAGAGAGAAGGUCCGAAGGACUUGGCUUGGUGCUUAUGGCUGAACCUCUGGAUCAAUAGUAUCCGCGUAGCUUCAGGGCUGGGAUUGGGCUCCCCCCCCCCCCCCACACACUUUCCUUUCUCUCCAUCUUCUUUCCUCCCAAUCCCGGUGAGAAUUGAUUCCCAUUUUCCGCCGGAAAUGAACAGCUAUAUUGCCAUGAAAGCUGCUCUCUUCAACUCCAAACCCUCCUGCUAUUUUACAAAGGCAGCCCAUUUUCACUCCACUUCUGUCUUAGACCGUCGACGACGCAAUUAUUGGGAUACUAAAAACAACUAUUAUUCCAAAAGGUUUCGGAAGCUUCAUGCAAAAGAACACUUGCUGCACAAUGUCAGUGCUUAUGCGGACUUCCUCUUUCAGAGCUGGCGAGAUGAGUGUGACGAAGAUGACUCAACAUCAAGUAAAGGGCCCUCAUGGUUCAGAAGGCCACACUCAGGAAAAGACUUUAGAAAGGGGUCUGGCAAUAGGGGAUCGCCAGCCUGGGACAGAAGAGGAUUCCGAAUUUGUGAAGAUGAAGAUGAUUAUGUUGAUACAGAGACCAUUUUCCGAUCUGCAUUUGGCGGAAAUCGAUUCUAUCAUUGGUCAUUCCUUAAUGAAGAGAAUACUCAAUGGAGGAGCUCAUCAAGGUUCUCCAAGAACUCUUGGAAUUGGAGGCAUAGGAUUGAAGAAGAAUAUGAAUAUGAAUACGAAUACGAGUCUGAGAGUUUAGAAUCAGAUUUAUCUUCCCAUAAAUUGGCCCUUGGAUUAAGUGCUUCUGGUCCAUUGAAACUUGAAGAGGUUAAAAAUGCAUAUCGAGCAUGUGCACUAAAAUGGCAUCCAGAUCGUCAUCUAGGCUCUUCCAAGGCUGUGGCAGAGGAGAAGUUCAAGCUUUGCAGUGCAGCAUACCAAUCUUUAUGUGAUAAGCUGGCAGUGGAGUAAGGAUGCCUCCAAACAAAUCUUUAAAUUUAAUUUAACUUGCAGCUGGUUAAUUCCUGAUGCUAAUCCAUGUAACAUAGCCAAAUCAAGUCUAUAGUUUGAGAAAUUUUGAGUAAGAAAACAGUGCCAGUUUGGUUUAUGAAGGGUGGCACUUUGUACAAUAAUCAUCCAAUGUUCUGCACUAGCAUGCAAUUUUGCACUGCUGGGUGAGUGGAGGCAUUGAUCCCCUCUUUUAUUUAUUUAUUUACACUUUACAUAUUUAUUUUAGGAAUAUAAGAUUUCCAUUCAUCGUUU